GGACGGAAAUAACGAUUAGUUCCAUUAUUUCACCGCUACGUGGUGCUAGUGUUUUAAUGUCCAUAAAUUGAAGAAAUUUUUAUUUGUAAAAAAACUAGUUAAAUGGAUCAGUUCGUGAUCUUUCACAACAACAUUCGUGAAAUUAAAUCUUUAGCUUUCUUUUUAGUGUUUUAUUUAAUUUACGACAUGCAUGUACAAAGGUUUACCAAUUCUACUCAAUAGAUUGAAACACUGAUUGUGCAAGUGAAUAAACAGCUGACUGAAACGUCAUACACAUAUGCACGAAAGAAAGCGUUACGUUUUCGAUUUCACGUGUCAUGAUAAAAUUUUCAUUUUUACAAUUGUAUGAAAUCUGAUUACGCAUUUGACACCUCAGUCAGUGACGAUUGAAAUUCUUAGUGGCUGAAACAUGAAUGAAAACGUCGAACAUUCUCAGCACGAUGUUAGAGAAAAUGAAAAAUUGUCGAGCAUCUUCCCUUUGCAAGAGUCCGCACGAUGUUACUCCAAUAGAGAAAUCAGUUUUACAGAAUAAAGCGUCCCGUACAACGUCUGAGGAGCAAAAUUACUUGAACGAGAGGAACAUUUUCGAUAUAUUCCAUUUCCUCCUUUCGCACGUGAUUGUCCAUCAACCAUCGAACCCUAUCCAAUACCUGCAUAAAUUGCUCGACGAUUUGAUAUUGUUCAGGGCAGGACUCAAAGAGCCACGAUUACUUUGGGCGGAAAGGCAUCUUAAUGCAAUGUUCGAGAAUAUCCUUUUCCACGAUUCGGAAUUUUUGCCAUUGGACGGUUAUAGAGCUGCUAUGAAAAUGAUGGGUAUACGUUCUUACGAUCCCUGUCCCGUUCAAUUGGUCGAGGGAUACGUAGAUCGGGAAACUUUUUGCACGGAAGCAUUGAACUGCAUGAAAAAGGAGCUGUUGCACAUCACGAAUGAAAGUGCUAAACGUACACCGGCAUGAACAAGAAUAUUUUGCGCAAUUUUCUUACGUAUUUUAACGCGUGCAUAUAUGAAAUAUUCGAAACAGUUUAUAAAAUGUUCACAGAAAAUUUUUAUAUAUUAUACGAAACCUUUGGUUUGUUAGCUGCAUAAUGAAAUCGGGCAUUAUCAUGAUUGGACACUAUUGGCAGAUUUUAAAACUUUAAUAAUCUACGUAAAAACUGAAAAAUAUUUUGUG